AUGAACGGCGCCACCCCGGCGUCCGACAUUUGGUCCCUCGGGUGCACGAUCAUCGAGCUUCUCACCGGGUCGCCGCCCCACUUCGACCUGGCCCCCCUGUCGGCCAUGUUCCGCAUUGUGCAGGACGAUCAGCCGGCCCUGCCGCAGGGCUUGUCCCCGGCGCUGGACGACUUCCUGACCUCCUGCUUCCAGAAGGACUACAACCUGCGUGUCAGUGCGGAGAAGCUGCGCCGGCAUCCCUGGCUCUCGCGGCGGAACCAGUCGGCCCCGGCGGCGGCGGUUGCGGCCACGGUGCCGAUCCCGGCGGCCGUGGCUGCCGCCACUCCGGGCAGCGCUCGCGAUGUGGCCCAGGCCGUUGUCCAGUACAAUGAGGCCUUCGAGAAUCAUGCGCGCGCGCCGUCGGUCCCUGCGUCGCCUACUCUGGCGGCGGCGGCGGCGGCGGCGGCCGAGACCGGCGAGGCGGCCUCCGGGCUGCGCAAGCCCAUGGCCACCUCGGGAGCUCGCGGCCCCGCCGGUGGCGGGCUGUCCCGCGCGCCGAGCCAGCGCUCGCGCCCGGAAAAGUCCAUGGCUGACCAUCUGUCCAGCCUGACGGUCCAUGAUGACCCGGAUGAUGGGUCUCUCGAUUGGGGCACCGAUUCGGACGACAGCUUCGGCGGGUCGAGCUCCUCCUCGUCCACCUUCUCCCUGGCCUCGGGCGAUACGGUUCGCCUCGGGCCCGGGGCCGUUGGGCGGAAUGUCCCCUCGGCCGGGGCCGCCAACAAGGCAGCCACUCCCACCGGCCGGGGCCCGGCCGGGGCUGGCGGAGCCACCGCCAGCGGCGGGGACCCCCUUGCGGCGCUGAACCUGGCCGACAUGGUGGACGAUCUGUCCUUCCGGUCUGACUCCGAUGACCAGGCGGCCCUGGACAACGGCCUGACCUUCAGCUCGCCGAUGCUCUCGUCGACCAUUGUCCGGCGCAUCGGCCAGCAGGCGGAGCCCGCCAUGCCGGCUGCCGCCGCCCGUGGUGCCGGCAAUGCCCUGGACCAGUUCGCCGAGUCCGACGACGAUGACAACUGGGGCAGUGACUUCGCCAGUGACCUGGUGGUGCAGCCGGGCAAGCCGGUCCGGCCGUCGGCCGCGGCGCAGGCCUACUCACCGCCCACCCCGCAGCCCGUGGGGUCCGGCGCGGCGGGCGGCGCCUCCGGCCCUGGUCGGCCCCCCUCUCCGGGCUUGGCCAGCCGCAAUGCCAAGCGCGCGUCCGUCGCCUGGCCCAGCGACGAUGAGGAGGACGAGGACAUCAACUUUGAUGAUCUCGAUGGGACGGAUUCGCUCUUUGUCCGGCGGGACAUUCCCCACCUGAAGGUGAUCACCGCUGGCGCGUCGCCCAAGGCGGGCGCGCGGGCCGGGUCUGCCUCCGGGACCUCCUCCGGCGCGGCUGCCUCCGGUGCUGCUGCCAUCGAGGCCACCCUCGGCCGGUUCCAGGAGACCGAGGUGGAUGAUGACGACUUUGACGACUUCAUUGGCGCCACGGUCCGCUUCAGCCGGCCCCCGGCCAUCUCCCAGCAUGCGCCCGGGGAUGACAGCACCAUUGAUCGCUUCGCCUCGGUGUCCUUCGACGACCCGUCCACCCCGCUGGUGCUCAGCCUCCCUGGCCAUCGGGGAGCCGGCGGCGCUGGCUUCGGUGCGGGCGACGACUUCGAUGACGACGACGAGGAGGACAUCUUCGCCAACCUGGACGACGAGUUCGAAGAGGAGGUCCUGGACGAGGAGAAGCAGCUGGCGCGCGAUCGUCAGGCCCGCCUGCUGAAUGACUGCGCGCGCGUGCUGUCCCAGCUGCAGAACGCCUGCUUCGGCUCGCACGACAACAUGUUCCCCGAUGAGGCGGCUGCCCGGGCCGCCGGGCCGGAGAACACCAUCCAGCAGGCCUGCGAGGCCAUGCUGGACCUGCUCCAGCGGAAUCCCGACAUCAGGCAGUCCUUCUUCACCGAGCACCGGUCCAUCACGGUCAUGGACUUCCUGUCGGCCCCGCCCUCGGAUCUGCAGGCCAUUCCCCACCUGCUGCGUGUAAUCAAUGAGAUUCUCACCGACAAUGAGCCUCUGUUGGACGCCCUCUGCCUGAUGGGUGGCAUUCCGGCGUACUUGGCUCUGGCAGACUUCUCCAAUGCCGCGACCCACGCCAUUCGCUUGCAGGUGGCUCGCUUCGUGCGCCUUGUGUGCUUCCGUUCGACCGGCCUCUCGCAGCAGACCUUCAUCUCUUGCCGCGGUACCGCGGCUCUUGUGCAGAUGCUCGACUGGCCCAAGUAUGGGGCUCCGAGCGCGCUGCUGGCGCGCGAGCGCGUCCUCCUGGUGCUGGACUGCAUCAAGUACAUGAUGGACCACACCGGUAGCCAUGGUGUGUCGGCUCCCCGGCCGCAGGAUGGCACCAUGUCCAUCAACAAGAACCAGCUCAGCCGAGUGUUCGGCAGCCAGGGGCUCAUCCAGUCGCUGGUGGCCCUGCUGCCGGCCAUGCGCCAGGAAAAUGCGGCGGCCAGCGAGCGGCAGUUGCUCCUGGAUGCCGGGGUGACGCUGGACGAUGAGCAGCCGGAUGCCGACCUUCUGGCCGCCGUGGCCACUCGCCUGCCCCAGUACUAUGAGCUGGUGCUGGACCUGCUGACGACGCUGAUUCAGCUGCGCGAUGCCAUGAUCGCCUCGACGGUUUCCUCGGCCUCGGCCUUCCAGAGCAACACCGCGGCCCUGACCACCCUGGACUCGGCCGGGCUGCGCCAGCUGCUGGAGCAGGCCAAGCGCGCCGGCAAUGCGCCGGUCCUGCUGGUGCUGCUUGGGGAGCUGAAUGCUCAUUGCGAUUAUAUUCAGGCACAGGAGCCCGGAUCGCCGGGGAAUGCCGGGCUCGGUCCUCUGGCGACCGAUGGCCAUGGCACCGGGGCGGCCGCCGCCACCGGCACCAAUGCCCACUAUGCAGCCGUCUGUGCGGCGCUGCUCAAGUGCGUGAAGAUGGUCCGCACCCUGGCCGACAUCAAUGUCCAGGAUGCCCUCGAACGCGCCGGGGCCAUUGCCACCCUGGUCCGGGUGCUGGACCUCUACCCCACCGAGUAUGAGGCCGUGGUUUCCCAGCGGGGCCCCUCGAAUUACGUGUCGGAGAUUCGCCACCAGGCCAUGGCCGCCCUCUUUGGACUGUGCCGUCUGUCGCGCGCACGGCAGGCUGCCGCCGCGGAGGCCGGCAUCAUUCCCCACCUGACGAGUUGUCUGCAGGCCCGACUGGCCCGGGCGUCGGCCAUCCGGAACUUGGCCCUGGCGGUGUUGGUGGUCUUGCCGCUGGCCGGGGCCGCCACUCGGGACAUGCUCUGGAAGGAGGAUGCCCUGGCGGUGCUGCUGGAGCUGGCGGCCGGCAGCACCAGCGCCGGGGCGGCGGUGGGCGCGGCUCGCGGCCAAACUGCCGUGGCCCAGGUCCACCGGGAUCUGGACUACACGCAGAUGGCCGCCCUGGAGGCCAUUUCCGAUUGGCUGUCCGAGGACACCGAGCGCGUGGAGCUGGUCCUCUCGGAGGAAGAGCACAUUGCCUGCCUGGUGGCCAUCAUGUGUACCCGGGUCACGGCGAAUUCCCUGCUGGAGCGGUUGUUGGACCGCUUCGAGCGUGUGGUCAUGUUGGCGGCCGGUGUCCGCCGGUCAUUGGCCCUCUCGCCGGCCUUCCUGCGGGGCCUGGCGCGCAAGGCCUUCCAGCCGGGCCGGACAUUCGUCCCCAAGGCCCAGGUCCGCGUGUCGGUCAUGAAGAUCUUGACCUCGCUGGCAUCGGCCACCUUGCCGUUGGUGGCCCGCGGCGAGCUGGCCCCCACGGCCGGGGUGCAUGGCUUCAUCCAGCGCGAUGCGGAGAUGCUCAGCAUCAUUCAGCAUCUGGCGCAGCAUGACAAGUCGGUGCUGGUUAAGCGCAUGGCCUUGGACAUUUUGAACCCCCCGCAGCCGGGCGAGGAUAGCGAGGAUGACACCCAUCCCGGGCUCGGGCCCGAGGGCGGGGAGGAAGACCCGCAUGAUGUCGGCAACUCGGCCUUCGAUCGAGACGCCGGCCACUCAUCGUCCUUCGGGUCCUCCGAUGGGGAUGCCUUCUCCGACAGCGGCGACGAUGAGGGCGGAACCGCCAGCGGGCCAGCCGGGCGUGCCAACUUCGGCGCCACCAUCGUUUUCAACCGCCCACCGCUGAAGGACAUGCUCGCUGGAAGUGGUGGCGUCGCUGCCGGCGCCGGCGCCAGCAGUCCCGCCUUCAUGGGUGCCCCCCUUGCCAGCGGCAGCAACAAUCACACCAACAGCAGCAGCAGCAGCAGGAGCAGCAGCAACUCCAACAGCUUCGAGAGUGACGGCCAGCAAACCCGGAAUACGGCGGCCAUCUUCGGCUCGACGGUCAACUUCAACCGGCCACGCUUCCCUGGCCUGGCGCCCUCUGGAGGAGGGCCCUCAUCCCCUGCCGGGCGCCUGGCCGCCGCCCCGGUGAUGCCCUCCAUCACGGAUGCCUCGUCAUUGGUGCACACCGACUCGGAUGCCAGCGAUCAGAGUGACGAUGAUUUCCUGGUGGCCCGGAUGUCGACCGUGGUGAUGACGCACUCGCCGAUCCGGCCGCCGGGUGGCGGGCCCGGGCCCCGGCCCCGGCCCCUGCCGUCGGACGGCUCGACCGCCGAUGAGGAAGAUGACGCCGAGGACAAUCCCUUCAGCUCCAGCGAUGAUGAGGGCGCCGCGUCGAUGGAUACGGGUGCGGCCGGCCGGCCGGCUGGCUUUGACUCGACCGUGGUCCUGACCAAGCCCCUGUCGCAAUUGCUGCGCGCCGAGUCGCGGACGCCGACGACCCGGCGCAGCCCGCUUAGCCUGGGCCCCGCCGGAACUUCGCCCGGCGCCGACAGCGGCAGUGACAACCUCCCCACUCCCAGUGGCAGUGACAGCGAGGAUGGUCUGCCCAGCGGCGCCGGCGCCCCGGGCUUCGCCUCCACCGUGGUCCUGACCAAGCCCAUUAGCCAGCUCCGCAUCGACCUGGAGUCGCCUCCGGCCCGGCGCAGCCCGCUGGGCCUGGGCGCCGCCGGGGCCCCCCCUGUGGCUGACAAUGACAACAGCAGCGACGCCGCCAGUCCGAGUGACGGCGACAGUGGCGAUGACCUGUCUCCGGAGGCCGGCGGCCCGGGCUGCACCUCCACCGUGGUCCUGAGCCAGCCCAUCAGCCAGCUCAUGCAGCAGCAGCAGCAGCAGCAGGUGGCCGCUCCAGCGCCCACGCCCGCGAGCCCCCCUUCAAAUUCUGGCUCCCCCCUCGCCUCGCCUGGGAGUGGCAGCGGUAGUAACAGUGGCAGCAGCUCCCCCCGGGGGGGUGCCGGCCGCGGCAAGAGGCAUCCCGGCGGCCCCCGCGCCAAGCGAUCCCCCCGGAAGCGCUGA